UGAUCUCUCUCUCUCAGUCUCUUCUCUUCACAGCAGUGCGUUUGUUCAGUGAUCUUCCAGAGCUCCAUCAUGACACUCAGAGACGGACGUUUUCUGCUGCCGCUGCUGCUGCUCACGCUCUUCACACACUCCUCAAUCCAGCAGCAAAUCACCAGCAGGAAGAAGACACCCAACAAAAAAGACUCAGAGUCUCGAGUCAGCGCUGCAUUAGAGGAUCUUCAGCAGCAGAUCAGUGAUAUCGUGGAGGAGCUCAACCUUCUGAAGGAGCAGCAGGCUCUGCAGACUGUCUGUCUGAAGGGCACGAAGAUCCACGGCAAGUGUUUUCUGGCGGACUCCAUGAAGAAGCGCUACCACACAGCCAAUGAAGACUGCAUCGCUAAAGGAGGAAUCCUGGCCACUCCGCUCAGCUCCGACCAAAACACACAGCUCUACGAAUAUGUGCGACAGAGCAUUUCAGCGAACGACGAAAUCUGGCUGGGUGUAAACGACAUGCAGACCGAGGGCUUGUGGAGCGACCAGACCGGCUCAGCCAUCAGAUACAAGAACUGGAAGCUCCCGCAACCCGACGGCGGCAGCGCGCAAAACUGCGCCGUGCUCACAUCUGGUGGAAAGUGGCUAGACGAGAGCUGUCGCGAGGAGCGCGCGUCCGUCUGCGAAUUCAACAUUGUCUGAAAUCCUCAUCGAUUCAUCUCAGCGCUCCUUUCUAUUUCUCAAUCCUGCUUGCAUUGCGUUUGCUUCAUAAUUGUAUAUUUUUCUGACCCAUUGUCAGUUCACUCCACAAAAACAUUCAGAUACAAAAGCAGAUCUACAAUCAAAGAUCUAACACUGUAAUUAAGAGCAUUAUUGGACAGUCUCCAUUAAGACGAGGCCAAAACACAAACAAAACAAACAACAUAAAUCAGAACAGGGUGUUUUACAGAUCGCUCCAGGCACCUGAUGGAAACAAUGAUGAUUUCAGAUCGCUAGCUUUGUUUACUUGUUUAUUUUCUAACAAACUAAUGUCUAGCCUGAUAUAGCCUGAACAUAUAUCAUUUCAUCUCAAUAAAUAGGUUUGAAAAAAUGAGCUUGUGAGA